AGGGGGGUAGAAGGGAUGCCUAUAUUACACUUGAUUGUUGUAAUAAUCAUCCUUGUCAUUGAUAUUCGUAUUAUCAUUGUUGUUAUUAUUAUUUAUUAUUAUUAAUAUUAUUAUCACCAUUAUUGUUAUGAUUAUGAUCAUCGUCAUUAGCCCUACAGCCUUAGUUAUUUUCACAGAAUAACAGUAUAACACUGAUGUCACUUGAAACACUUCAAAGAGGACUUCGGACACAAUGAAAUGGAAGGUCAGCUGGACGUCAUGGGGACGCAUCUCCCUCUUCCAAGUACUCAUUUCCCUCCUGCAGAAACAUGCCGGGGCCUUGGAUGUGUACAGCUUUCAGCAGGAGGGCGUGCAGUCCGACGCCCACAUCUUGUACUCUGAACCUGCAGGAGACACCGAAGGGCAGGGAUGGAGACGUCCCUUCACGCCCGAGGACUUCAGCGUGUGUCUUCGCCUCAAGUUCUUCUUCCUGUGGGAUCUCUCGGGAUUUCUGGAGCUCUGGGAGGAGACGGGGGUGGGGGACUCGCCUGCAUCUUUCCUUAGGGCUGAGCUGGACCUGCAUUACCUCCGCGUCAGGAUGGGCAUCUUCAGGCAAUUCUUCUUCAUGCCACGCCCCCUGCGGGCCCUCACAUGGUACCACGUCUGCAUCAUCUACUCCCAGGACACGCUCGAGCUCUAUUUAAACGGGGACCUGCAAGGAAGUCACCCAGGACGACCCGAGAUCCCUUUGGAAGGGACGCGACUCAAGGUUGGCGCUUGGGAUGCCGUCAGGAGCUUCAGCGGCGAGAUAACGGAGGUAAACGUGUGGAGUCGCGCCUUGAACAUGGACGAAGUGGCAUCGUUGGUGAGCUGCAGAGAGAGCGCAGAAGGUGAUGUGGUCGCCUGGACGGACACCUGGACGGUGCACGGCGACGUAACGAAGUCGGAGGUCCCUCACGAGAGGGUCUGUGGCCAAAGGAGAGACACGAAACAGUUCUUCUUCCCUCCCGUCUCGUCCAGGGUGGCCUUCCAGGUGUGUGAGGGGUUGGGGGGCUCGGUGACGACGCCUCGAAGGGCAGAAGAAGUGGAAAACCUCAGGCGACUCACCUCUAGCUUUGCCGACAGCGAGACCUGUCCGAGGCUGUGGACGGGGGUCACGGACGCCGCCAAGGAAGGCGAAUGGAGAUACCACAAAGACGGUCUUCCUGCGCAAGUCUCGUGGCGACCCGCGGCGCCCGACGGAGACUUCCUGCAGAACUGCGCCGCGAUUCUUCUCGAUGGGUCCUCGACCGGCCUGACUGACAUGGCGUGUUCCCGCAAGCUGUGCACGGUGUGCGACGUGCCGGAGGGGAUCGUGUGGACGCUCCUGGGCGCGUGCGAGGAGUACCCGAGGAACAUCCACUUCGUCGCCCGCCAGAAGGCCUCGGGGGAGUUCCACUUCCGCGGUUAUUCCAGCUACAUGAUUAUGAGGAACGACACGGACGGCCGCUGGGUCUGGUGGGACCGCCAGAGGAACGAGGUCGUGGCCGUCCUCUCCGAAAGCGAAUCCGGCUUCCCGAUGGGACGGCACAGCUGGGUCCUGCGGCGCCCCGCCUGCGGGAAGAUUCCUCCCGUGGAGCACACGCUCCUGUUGACGCCCUGCGAGGCGGGCAACUUCUCGUGCGACGAUGCAACGUGCAUCCCCUUGUACCAGCGCUGCGACCUCAAGUUCGACUGCAGAGACAAGAGCGACGAGAGCGACUGCGAACUCGUGCAGUUCCCGCCCGUGUACCGGCCGGACCUUCCGCCGAGCGACGUCGCCUCCGCUGCCUCGGAGCCGCUCCCCGUCGGCGUCUGCAUGGUGCUCGAAAGCGCCAAUGUGAUCAGCAGCACCAUGAUGAUCAACACCAACUACAACCUGAGUCUGACGUGGCGCGAAGGGCGGGUCAACUACCUCAACCUGAACAAGGACUAUACCCUCAACAGGGUACCAUACAACAUCAUGAGAAAGCUGUGGGUGCCGACGGUAGACUUCACCAACACCCACAGCAACCACAUCACCCACGCAGACGAGGAAGCUACCAUGAUGGUGCUCAUGUCAGGAGAGCCGACCAUGGGAGGGGACACGCAGCCCCAGGAAGUUGAAGUGUAUUCAGGAUGGGACAAUCCUUUGACGAUUCGAAGGAAAUACAGCGAGACAUUUCAGUGUGAAUUUGAUUUGUCGAUGUAUCCCUUUGACCACCAGGAAUGCCACUUGGUGCUGACGAUGCUCUCGGCCUCCUCGCGUCUACUGGUCUUCCACGAGAACAUAAGUGAGGCCGUUUUCGUGGGGAAUCCUCAUCUGGUGGAGUACACUGUGGGCCGAGUGAGCGUCGACGUCAUGAACCAGAAUGAUUUCGCGGUCAUGCAUGUAAAGAUAUCGCUAGUGAGACGCGCUGGUCACAUCUUAAUGAACGUGUACAUCCCUUCGAUGUUACUCCUCGUUGUGAGUUAUGUUACCUUGUACUUCCGCGUCGGGAUAUUUCAAGCCAGGGUUCUGGGAACUCUCACCGCCCUGCUGGUCAUGGCUACGUUAUUCACGCAGGCGUCCUCCCACCUCCCGAAGACGUCCUACUUCAAGAUGGUGGACGUGUGGCUCCUGACGUGCAUCGUCGUCAUCUUCAUCAUCAUCGUCUUUCAUGUUCUGAUCGACAGGGCGUUCGAGAGAGCCGAGAGAGCACCUCCCGUGACUCCUGCUGCGCCUUCGCUGUCCCCCGCAAAGCAAGCCAUGAAAGUGCACCCUUCAGAAGGAACCGCUACCACAGUCUCCUCCAGAGACCCGAUAGGCGCCGUGGAGUUCUUGUCCGCCGGCAGGAGUACGAGUCUUCGCCUUCGUCGGCGCGUUCGCACUCCUCUCUAUCAGAACUUGAUCCUGGGAGCUCGUGUGGCCGUGUUUGCAGCGCUCCUUACGUUCAACGUCGUUUACUGGAGCACUGUAUUCCUACACUAAGUAUUCUUUCGGGUAUUUCUGAAUGUUUGGCAACUAUAAUGGUCUUAUUCCCGUCCCCUUUUAACCAACUCUUUUCUUCCUUUAUUUAUCUUUGCAAACGGAUGUGUUGCACCCAUGUCGUUUUGUUUUUAGUUUGUAUUAUUUUCUCCAUGUAUCUCGAACGUUUCAUGAUGAAGUCUUCUCAUAUCACUGCUCGUUGCAUUUGUAAAAUAUUCAUAUAACAAGAGGAUCUUCCUUUUUGUUCGUAUCACUAUUACUCGUGUGU